AUGGUCCAUGCCAAUGGCACGCCAAAAUCCAAGAUCCUGAAGCGUGGCCCGGCUUGGAUGGAUAUGCCGGACGAUCACUCGAUGCCCAACGGUGUCGAUGGCAGGUCAUCCAACGGAAGGAGCGUGGACAUGCCACUCAAGAAGAAAGCCAAGCAUAUACGGACGAGGCAAGACACCCUGGCGGCGCGGCGAGCACAGCUCCCCAUAGCAGCAGGAAGGGAGGCGCUCGUUCAUGAGGUUUCAUCUCGAGAUGUCAUCAUACUUCUCGGCGAGACCGGUUCCGGCAAAACUACCCAAAUUCCUCAAUAUAUUCUAGAAAGUGAUGUGGCUCCCUCAGGCAUUAUUGGAGUCACGCAGCCGCGCCGUAUCGCAGCCACCUCGCUUGCUGUUCGUGUCGCCCUCGAGCAACAAUCGACAGUGGGAAAGCUUGUCGGGUACUCAGUGCGGUUCGAUGAAAAGGCCAGCGAAGAUACGAGGAUCAAGUACAUCACGGAUGGAAUGCUUGUUCGUGAAAUGCUAUCCGACCCGCUUCUGUCACGAUACAGCGUGAUAAUCGUCGACGAGGCACAUGAGCGGACGUUGCGGACGGAUCUACUGCUUACAAAUUUGAAGAAAAUUCUCGUACAAAGGAAUACUCCUACCGACCGGAAAGGCAAAGGCGCCGCAUCGAAACUUAAUCCUCUGAAAGUGGUGAUAAUGAGCGCAACUCUGGAUGCCGAGAAAUUCAGCAAAUUCUUCGAUAACGCCAAAAUUGUUUACGUCAAAGGUCGACAGCACCCCGUCCAGAUCUUCCACGCGACGACUAGCGUAUCCGACUACGUUGACGCUGCGCUCCGCACGUUCUACCAGAUCCAUGUUGAUCAACCUCCGGGAGAUGUGCUCAUCUUCUUGCCAGGACAGGAGGAUAUCGACAGUUUAGAGAAGUCUAUCAGCAUGUAUGCUAACAAACUUCCUCAUAACACAAUGGCGGUCCGUACAUAUCCCAUGUACGCCUCCUUGCCUCCAUCACAUCAAUCCAAGAUGUUUGAAUCUGUCCCGCCUAAUACUCGAAAAUGUAUCAUCGCCACCAACAUUGCCGAGACCUCAUUAACCAUCCCGGGCGUGAAGUACGUUAUUGACUCAGGGAAGCACAAGGAGAAACGCUACAUUGCUGUCGAGAAUGGGAUUGGUUUCGAUACUCUCUUAACGCGGGACAUCUCAAAGUCAUCGGCCAUGCAACGCGCGGGUCGCGCUGGCAGAGAGGGAAAAGGUCUAUGUUUUCGGCUGUAUACGGAAGCUGCCUUCAACGCCUUACCGCUCGCGUCCGAGCCCGAGAUUCUGCGGUGCAAUCUCUCCGCAAGCGUCCUCGAGCUCAAAUGCCUGAAUCAGGAUCUCGAGAAGCUUACCUUCAUCGACGAUCCCGAUUCUGAUGCGGUCACUGCAGCCUUGCACUCUCUUUUCAUACUCGGCGCGAUUGAUCAAGCACGCACCCUCACCAAGAUAGGGAGGGAUAUGGCUGCACUACCUCUCGAACCCACCCUGGCCCGGAUCGUCCUCGCCUCCAAGGACCAUCAAUGCACCUACGAGAUCCUGGACAUUAUCUCCGUUCUCUCGUCCACCUCAAAGCUGUUCUUGGACCCUUCGGACCAAUCACAGCGAGACGCAGCCGGCGAUGCUCGAAGGACGUUCAUGCACCCCAGCGGUGAUCAUAUGACGAUACUCAAUGCUGUACGAGCAUACGACGAGUUGUGCUCUUCCGAACAACCGGGCGAAGGCAAAGCGAUGAGCAAAGACAAGGGCGUCAGGAAAGAUUGGUGCAAGCGCCACUGGGUGAACGAACGCGCUCUGAAAGAAGGGAUCGCGAUCCGGGAGCAGCUCAGGCGUGUAUGCGAGCGGUUGGGUGUAGACUGGAAAGUUAGCUUUGGCGAGGACGAUACGCCCAUCUUACGAAGCUUGCUACGAGGUUUGGUCCAGAAUUCAGCACUGUUACAGCCGGAUGGUAGUUAUAGGCAGGUGCUGGGACGAGCGACCGUCAAGGUCCAUCCUGGAUCUGUCCUCGCGGACAAAAAGGCUCCGGCGAUAAUAUAUAACGAACUUGUCCAUACCACACAAAUGUUUGCUCGCACCGUGUCCUCUGUCCCACUGAGCUUCUUCAAAGAGAUCGACAGCUUAAAGCCUGCAAAAGGGCGAUAA